GUGUGUAACGUUAUGUUUAUAGACAGAAAGGCCACAGUGCAGAGGCUGAUCUGCCUGGCCUUUGUUAGCGAUGAGAAACAGAGCGAAGUGAUGGUCUGGUUUUAAUCAGGCAGCUAAACGAUAAGCUAUUAUUUAGUCGGUUUUUGUUUUUUAAUAGAUUUAAGCUUUUAGAGUAACAAUAGUAACGUUUAUAAUAUCACUGUGUGGAGGCGAGACAGGGGACAAGGAGACUUCUCUGCUGCCGGAUAAUUUUAGUCAGUUUAGCCCGAGAGCUGGUUAACCUCAUCGACAGAUUUCUCUAAAUAGCACGACUGAGUCACAACGACUGUUUAUUCGCAGUUAUAUUAGAGAUAUUUAGCGCUGUUGUGGUUUAAACGGUAUAUUUGUUGGUCAUGGUUGUGCCUUGGUGGGUUUGUUGUUGUGGCGUUAGCUUAGCCAGCUAGCUAGCUUAGCUAACCUAUCUAUCUAGCUAUCAGGUAACGUUACAGUAGCUAACUUCGCUUCAGCGCAGUCUGUAUUGGGAUUUGUGUGGGUUCUGUCUGCUGUAAAUCAUGUUUUGGAUACUGAAAAACGUUGUAUCCAGGUAAAAUGUGUCUUAAACGGUCUGUCGGUGUUUAGGAUAGUAGCUAGCUAGGUUAUAAAUGGACUGGCAGAUGUAGGAAGACUGGCAAGCUGAAUGUAGCCUGAUAUCUUAACGUUAGCUUAGGGUAGCUUAGCUUCUUUAGUCGGUAGAAGAUUUUAGAAAUUCAACAUCGGCUCAUAUAACGCUAGCUAGCCUGCUAACACAUUUAAAUGCAAAAGUAGUUAAAAUACAGAUUAGGAAAAGGCCAUAGAACGGUUUGUUAAUUAGAUAAAGUCGGCAACAUUAGCUGAUAACGUUAGCUUUGCCAGCUAAACCAAGCUUCUGUUACCUGUGUUUUCUAUACAACGUUACAGCUACUGUGUCGAGCUAAAGUGGAGUAAAAAAAUAAAUAGCUAGUUUUGGACAUUCGCCACAUUUUAUUUUUACAGCUGCUGAGUUUAAUAAUAGUAAAAGUCACCGACAGAGCUUUUAAUCAGUAGGUUAUUAGGUUCAUGUUAUACCGAGGUCAUACAUUAAGCUGGGGACCCGCAGAGGACAACAAAAUAGACUAGCAAAUUCAAUAUAACCAUCAAAAAGAAUAUAUUAUGGCGAAUUUGAACGUUAAGGCCCUAUCAUGGACAGUCCUCACCCUCUGCAUGUUCGUCUUUGAACAUGCAUCUUGCUCACAGCACAACGACAAUGUAUAUGUAUCAGGGAUUUCAAAUGCUUGCGGAGAUGUGGUGGAGCAGAUCAGGGCAUCUAGCGGGGUCAUCACCAGUCCAGGCUGGCCUUUUGAGUAUCCGUCACGCAUCAACUGCAGCUGGAACAUCAGGGCUAACCCUGGAGAAAUAAUCACCAUCAGUUUUCAGGACUUUGAGAUUCAGAGCUCGCACCGCUGUGGAUUGGACUGGAUUUCUAUUGGGACCUAUAAGAACCUGGACGGUUAUCGGGCGUGCGGCUCAUCCAUCCCUGCCCCGUACAUCUCCUCUCAGGACCAUGUGUGGAUUAAGUUCCACUCAGACGAGAGUCUGACCGGCAAGGGCUUCAGGCUCUCUUACAUAACAGGUAAAUCUGAGGAGGCUAGUUGUGAAUCUGACCAGUUUCACUGCGGCAACGGAAAAUGUAUUCCGGAGUCUUGGAAGUGUAAUACCAUGGACGAGUGUGGAGAUAACACUGACGAGGAGCUGUGUGUGCAGCCCAAUCCUUCAGCCUUCUUCUCUUUCCAGCCCUGUGCCUUUAAUCAGUUCCCCUGCUUGUCCCGCUACACCCGUGUCUACACCUGCCUCCCUCAGUCUCUGAAAUGUGAUGGCAGUAUAGACUGUCAGGACCUGGGAGAUGAAAUCGACUGCGAUGUGCCUGUGUGCGGCGAGUGGCUUCGGAACUUCUACGGAACCUUCAGUUCGCCCAAUUAUCCGGACUUCUACCCGCCUGGCAGUAACUGCACCUGGCUGAUUGACACCGGAGACCACCGCAAGGUCAUUCUUCGCUUUAUGGACUUUAAGCUGGAUGGCACAGGUUAUGGAGACUACGUGAAAGUGUAUGAUGGUCUGGAGGAGAAUCCACGGCGACUCCUUCGUGUUCUUACCGCCUUCGAUUCUCGAGCUCCAGUAGCUGUUGUUUCGUCCUCUGGGCAGCUCCGCGUCCACUUCUACGCUGACAAAAUCAAUGCAGCUCGGGGCUUUAACGUCACCUAUCAGGUGGACGGGUUUUGUUUGCCCUGGGAGAUCCCCUGUGGUGGUAACUGGGGCUGUUACACAGAGCAGCAGCGCUGUGAUGGAUAUUGGCACUGCCCCAAUGGCCGGGAUGAACUAAACUGCAGCAAUUGCCAGGAGGAUGAGUUUCCCUGCUCCCGUAACGGUGCUUGCUACCCUCGCUCUGAUCGCUGCAACUACCAGAACCGCUGUCCAAAUGGCUCAGAUGAAAAGAACUGCUUCUUCUGCCAACCUGGAAACUUCCACUGCAAGAACAACCGGUGUGUUUUUGAAAGCUGGGUGUGUGACCAGCAAGAUGACUGUGGCGACGGUAGUGACGAGGAGAGCUGCCCAGUCAUCGUCCCCACAAGGGUUAUCACGGCUGCAGUCAUUGGGAGUCUGAUCUGUGGCCUUCUGCUGGUUAUCGCUCUUGGCUGCACCUGCAAACUCUACUCCCUCAGGAUGUUUGAGCGCAGGUCCUUUGAGACUCAGCUGUCCAGGGUUGAGGCAGAGUUACUCAGAAGGGAAGCUCCACCAUCAUACGGUCAGCUUAUUGCGCAGGGCCUAAUCCCUCCAGUGGAGGAUUUCCCAGUCUGCUCUGGCAACCAGGCUUCUGUGCUGGAGAACCUGCGCCUGGCUGUGCGUUCCCAGCUUGGGUUUACCUCCAUCCGACUUCCCACCUCUGCUCGGCAUGGAAACAUCUGGCGCCGCCUCUUUAACUUCACUCGCUCUCGCCGCUCGGGCUCUCUGGCACUGGUGUCUGCCGACACAGAGGAAGGAUCAGCUGGAUCUGCACGUGAUCACGAUCGUUUAGGGUCACACCGGGGCCUCCUGCCACUGGAUUCAGAUGACACAGACACAGAGAGUGAACAGCAGCCGCGGCGUGAUGCUGCUGGGGCUGUCGGUGGACUUGCUGCUCCACCUCUUCCUCAAAAAACACCGCCCACCACUGCAGUAGAGGCCAUUGUUUCUGUUUCCACUAGCUCCUCAUCGGCACCUUUGGCCAGCCGGGAAGGAAGCAUUGCUGAAAGUGUGACGGACAACGGCGGGGUAGGUGAAGGAUGUGGUGUGGCGCCCCCAAGCAGUGGGAGGAGCCCUUUCAGCAGCGCUUUGAGCCGCGUCACGCGAAGCCUCCGCUGGGUCCGCUUUAGUCUCGGACGCUCUUCCUCCUCGGGGUCCAGCUUGGGCCAGCAGAACCAUAGCCCACUGCGUCAGUUGGAGCAUGGUUCGGCUGGGGCCACCAAUGGAAGCAACAGAGGUGAAGACGAAGAUGAUGUUGAGCUACUGAUUCCAGUUUCAGAUGCAGGCUCCCUGGACAGUGACUCCAAUGAGAGCUCAAGGCCGUUGCUGGAGACUGGAGCAGACCAGGCUUUCGGACCCCAGCCGAAUCCUGCUGUCCGGGGCAGGCUGGUGGGCCGAGAUGGACCUUGUGAACACUGUGGAAUCGUUCACACGGCACGCAUCCCUGAUGCCUGCCUGGAGGCCACAGCUAGAACAGAAAUGAGUGACGACGAGUCUCUUCUGCUCUGUUAAGUCAGGAGUUCUCAGCUCCAGUCCUGGGGGCUGCUGCUCUGCACCGUUUGAAAUAUCCCACGCUAUUUAUCCAGCUCAGGAAGGGCUUGCUAAUUACCUGAUGAGCUUCAUCAGGGGCAGACUGACUUUUAAAAAUGGCAAGAGAUGUCCCCAAAUUUCCAAAGAUGCAUGUGGUCUUUUAAACACCUAUGAAAAGAGAAAGAGACUCCAGCCACUGGCCAACUGUUGGUUCAUUUAGUUAGCUAACUUCAAUCUAAAAUUCAGUUGUUGAGAUGAACACAUUCAGAGUGCUUUAUAGUGUGAAAUGGUUCGGAAUAGUGGUUUAGGAUCCGAUCUGUUGGGUGGGCGGAGGUGGUGGUGCUUAAGUUCAUCCCCAAAUGGCUUUGAAUAAUGUUGUUUACAUCUCUUGGUUUGCUCUGGUUCGAACAGGUUCACCAGUUUGCAAACAUGGAGUGUUUUCCCAUUGGUUUGGUUUGGUUUCACAGGGAAAAAUUCAAGUGCACCAAAAGAAUCACAACAAACGAAUUGAGCACUUUUUCACAGCUUAUUGGCCGCAUCUGUCUGGUGCAGGAUUGAGAAAGUAAAUACAGGAAGAAGGUCCUGUGAUCUAAAUUAGUGCAUAUUUAUUUACAGUUCACAGCAGAAAUUGGAUAAGUCCAGUGCGGUUAGUCAUCUAACUUAUGGAAUACACGAUAGUUGGGUCAGAUUAAAGCCAGAUCACCUUCUAACACAAAUGAACCUCUUCAAAGUCCAACUAGGACCAGAAUGAGACCACCUCCUCUCAACAAGGGUCUCUGUGUGUUUUGCGGUUGUGGUUUGAUUAAUGUGUUCACCAAGGGAGUCUGAAUGAAUUGGACUAAAAUUUGCAGGUCCUCAAACACUUCUGGAAUUUGCUUUUAAAGGAACUAACUUUACUGAGAAAUCUUGCUUUAAGUCCUCAUCCAGGAUCAGCUGGAAGCUGUUCAGGGCAGCAGAUCCUCAGGUCUGGAGUUGAGAACUGCUGUGUAUAAGCCUGCGAGCUGCAGCGCAGUCUGUAAAGCUCUGAACUCUGAGCAGUCCCUGCUUCAAGCUUUCUGUCGCUUUUUCUGUCUCCCUAGCAGGGAGAAGUGCGAGUGUUUUUUGGAUAACCUGCCCUUUGAAUUUCCCAAUGCUUACACAAGAGCUUUCAGACCGUUUCUGGUACGCAGUCUCCCCUCCACUGUGCAAUUAAAGCUUUUCUUCUGAGAGUUUUUAGCUGGUUCAUAAAGAUAUUUUUUUCCUUUUCAUUUUUUGAGCUGGGGCAGCUGCAGUUUACAUUGUUACACUCAGCUGGGUGGGAGAAACAUGACUGAAAGUGCUGCUUCUGCAGUGAACAAUUUUACACUGUUUAGAAGAGACAUUGAGUGUACACUGGUACUGAGAAAGAUCUGAUCUAGUUCAGCUGGCUGAGACGUUCUGAGAGAUUUAUGAUGACUUACCAUUGAAUUAUUUGUACCUUGAUGUCAUUCAUUUCCUUAAAACGUGAGCAAAAAACUGAGGCUACGCUUAAUUCUUACGGUACAGAUAAUAACGGUACAGUUCAUUUCAACUGAUGGGGGAUUUUUAAGUCUCUGUUAGAGACAGAAAUGGUUUGCAAGUCAUUUCAUUUGAUCUUGGGCUACAGCAAUUUAUUUAUAACGAACUACGGAGUGACUAUUUUUUAGGAUGUUGCGUUGUAUAACAGCCACUGAUGUUUGUUGUAUUUAUUGUUUUGUUACUGUUUCAGUAACUUUACUGUUUUGGUACUGAUAACUCGUGUGAGUGUGUAUAUUUAUUAUUAUUAUUAUUGGUUUUAAUUUCAGUAGUGUGUUUACUUGAAAAGCAUGUUACAUUGUCUUGUGCUUUUUUUAAGUGAUAUGGUGUAUGAAUGUACAUAAGUAUAUAUCUAAAAAUUAUAUAUAUAUAUAAAGAUGCAUAACUGUUUACUGCACUAAAUAAAACAAAGCAUUCAUCCCAC